CCGGAAGUUCCGGUGGGUAGGGAAAAGAAUGUUUGUUUAAGAUGAAGACAGACUUACCAAAAGAUGGGAGAAUUAUUAAGAACACACAUCGACCAGCUUUGUAGCAGCAACAGUGAUUACAGAGUCUCUCUCAAUGUUCUCAUUAAAUAUGAGAUUCAGUGUUUGCUGGAGCGGUUAUCGCGGACGGGUGAGGAGGCUGUUGUCAUAACAACGAGUGAGGACCCUGGUUGCCCUGGAUACCUGGGGAGUGUAAAGGGAGAGAGGUUUAUACAAGAUAACAAGGAUCUCACACUACUACAUUCACAGCUUGUACAGUACUGCAGGGAUGAUGAACCUCUUAAGAUAGAAAGUUCUGAGAAUGCCGCAACGGAUGAUGUGCAACCAAUGGCUGUGGAGAAUGGUGAUGAUGAGAUGCCGAUUCUGCAAAGAGAGGCGACUCCGACGUCAUCUGACUCUGAAGACCCCAUGCCCCUACCACUGUCCAACCUUGCAGACCCUGACCAACCUGUACAGCCCCGACCUGCCAAGAGGCCUCGCAUUGGCCCGGCCUUUACGAAGAGGGAUGGCGGUAGAUACUUCGAAAAGGCGGUCACUAAUCUUGACCGAAAAAAUGCGCUCAAACAAGCAAAGUCUCCUGUGAAACCUGCAAAUGUGGCUGGUUCAGACUCUGAGAAUGCUCAAAGCAGUUCUAAGCCAGAGGCUGUGUGUAAAUUGAUGAUGCCAGAUGAUUCUAUAAAGAAGGAAGAGACAAUAUCGCCCAAGAUUAUCACCUUACAGAGGAUUGUAGAAAGUGAGCGGAGGCGCCGAUCUGUUGAGAGAUUGAUAAAGAAAGAGCCGCAGUCCCCUUCCUCCGGUGUUCCUAGUCCCUCACUAACUGUUGAAGAAAUUGCCAAAAACAUUAAGAAAGAACCAAUAUCUCUUGACGCCUCACCAGCUUUUGAAAGUUUGGUAGGUAGUAGUAAAGCACAGGAUGUGAAGACUACCCCGUCCGUGUCCAUGAAUGUGGCCUUACCACUUGCUCAAAUUCCUCAGCAUUCCCGCCCAAAGCUCAUACUUACUCUCCAAAAUGCCAAACCCACCAGUAAAGUUCAUGGUGUAGUUGACCUUAAUGCUAAUAGGAAAACAUCAUUGAUAACAUCUACUCCAAUUAUGAAAUUACAGUCCAGAGGAGUAGCGGGCACAAAGGCAAAGUCUCUUGUCCUGACGAUCACUACAUGUUACAUAUGCAGACAGGAGUUUUCUUCCUAUGAAUUGCUCAAAGCUCACAUUAAAACUCAUUCUGAGAAAGACAAACUGGAAGCUGAAGGUGUUAAGUCAGGGGGAAAUCAUGAAAAAGUGUCUUGUGGCCUCUGUGGUCUACAAUGUGCAAAAAAGGACAUGAAUGAACAUUUUAAAACUCAUGGUAUAGAACUCGACAUGGUCAAAGAGGACAGCGCGGCUGGUGAAGACAGUCUUAUGGGAAACGAAUCUAUUACCAAUGAAGAAGAUUUAUUCAAUUUGUCACAAGUACCUGUAGAUGAUAUGUCUGCAAGCAAUAGUCAAAUAUAUGCUGAUGAAAAUGAUGACAGCAAUGGAUUUAGCCAGCAGUUAAGCUCGGGAAAUAUAGCUUGUGGUGUCUGUAAUGCGGAAAUUGCCCCGGCAAAACUAGCGAACCAUGUUGAUAACCACAACAGAAAGGCAGAUAGACUUGACGUAGAUGACUUUUAUGAUACUGAAAACAGCGCUUGUGUUAAUGACGAAGGUAAACCUGUUAUGAACACUUCCGGAAUUCAAAUUGUGAAUAAAAUUUACAAGUGCAAGAAAUGCGCGUAUAAAACAGAUCGUGGCUCCAGAGUGAAAGAACACUGUAGAACUUGUUAUCACACGGAUUCGCUAUAUGGUUGUAAACUAUGUGGAAAGGCUUACAGAAUCAAAAGAAACAUGAUUCGCCACAUGAAAUCACACUCAGAAACAGAUGAAUGGUCAAUGACACCUGAUGGAGCUAGUGGGAGUAAGAAAUUCAGGUGUGAGAAAUGUUACUAUGAGACGUCACGUCCUUCAAGGUUCAAAGAGCACCUACAGCUGUGCGGAGUUACCAACGAGCAAUAUGAGUGCCCUGUUUGUGGCAAACAGUUUAAGGUCAGGCGAUACCUGAAUAAACAUAUGAAGCGUCACAUUUCUGGAGACCAGUACAUGUGCAUAAUUUGUAACUACAAAAAUCACACUCCGCAGGCUAUUAAAGAGCAUGUAUUUGCCUUACACAAGGAUGAAACCCAUGUACAGGGGAAAUUCUUCUGCAUGUAUUGCCACUCCCAGUUUCAGACUAACACAGAGGUCUUAAACCACCAAACCAGUGGCCUAUGUCCAAAAAGUGGGGUAGGAAGCACUAAAUGUCAAUUCUGCGAGAAGGAAUUCGCUGAUCAUGAAGCAGUUAAGAAUCACAUCAGCUCAGGGGCAUGUUUGAAGAUGAAGGAUGUUAAAGCUGAACCUACUUCAAGAGAUACUGACUGGGUAAUAAGCGCUCCAAACGGUACCACAGUGGAAGUGAAGAGAUCACCAAGAAUCCGUGCAAAACUUGCAGCGAAGUCUCAAGAUGGAGAAAGUGUGGUAAAAGCUGAAGAUAUUGAUGAUGAGGAUCACGAGAAUGACGAUGAUGAAGAGAAUGGUGAAGUGAACGAUUUUGUUACUCAAAAAAAGGUUGGCCAUGAAGAUGAUUUGGAAAAGCAAAAGAGUAGCGAUGUUGAGGAUGCAGCUGAAAAUGAUAUGCCAGAGGAAGGCUUGAGUAAAAUUGUAGGUGAUGAUGAGGGAGAGAACACUAUGGAAGGUGGGCAAGAAACUGGGGAUGCACUGGAGAAGGAUUCACAACAUAAAACUGGUAAAGCGGAAAUGGACUGUGAAUAGAUGUGUCACAUUGGGCCAAUUGUUCAGAACCUUAAGAGUUAACAAAGUUAUCAACGUCAUUGUUGUUAACUUUUAAAUCUUUACUUCUCUAGAUGUUUCAUGGACAAACUUGUCAUCUUCAGAACUUCUUACAAAUUUUGAGAUGUCUGGUUCGACUGUGCUGGUUUUAUUGAGUAUAUGAGCACAUCAUAAAAUAUAUUGCCUUUAAAAGUUUAUAAUGUUGUUUACUGUUACAAAAUUCAGAACAAUCAACCCAUAGCUGGCAUACAAUUGUAAGCUACUUCCGGUUGUUGACAGAAGAUGAGCAGCUGUAUAAACAGUCAAUAAUUUUGUUACUUUAAAUGUGCAUUUUGUAAUUGUAAAAAGAAACCUAUACAUUUAUGUACAUAUAAGUUAAAAACAGCAGCCUGUUGUAUAAAAACUGCCUCAUUCCUUGGUUUGGUUCAAGUUGGCCCAUUGAUUGGUCAGCAUUUAUCCAAUAAUUAUUGUUGACCAAUUAAAUUGCUUUAAUUUUCGAACUAGCCAAAAGAUGACCUGUGGAUAACUUAACCAGUUUUACACAAUUGGCUGCUGUUGUUGUUAAAAGUACCUUAGAACACUACAUCAUAUUCACAGAAAUGCUAUCGGUUAUAAUAUAAACCAAAUAUGCAAUUAUUCUCCCUUCAAAUAAAAAUUCUUCAGUAAAAUUUGUGCAUUGAUCCGUUGAUAUUUAUAAGAUGACACAAACUUGUAGAUUGUAUUUCACAACAAUUAAGUUGUGUCGGGAGAAUACAUAACAUAGACCUAUGAUGUACAUGCAGUGUUUUCACAAUUUAGAAUCUUAAAUUUUUUUGUCGCAAUGAGUUCAGGUUUGGAAAAUGAAAUGCUAGUGAAAACCUGAAGCUGUAUUGUAGAUAAUGUUCUCAUUUUAUUAAGGUUGUUUGAUGCUGUGUAUAUAUAAAAUGAAUUUUGUUAGUUGAUUGGUUGCAUUGAUAUCAUAAUUAUUGGGGGUUAGGGAUUUUGUUAUCAUUUUGAAUUAGGUUUGGAUGUGUUUAAAUGUAUAAUAACUAUAUGGGAUCAUGUGAUGUGUCUCCAAUAUGGUCAAUCUUGCAUCUGCUUAGGCCAAAAAGAUGUUUUUGUAUGGAUAGGGUUAUAUCUUGUCCAAAAACAGGUGUGGUAAGAAGGCUUUUUUUAUUAGGGUUUAUGUAAGAACAUAAUUGACAUCAUUGGGGAAUGGCGUUAAAGUUAUCUUCAGUAUUAAGUUUAUAAAACUACAUAUAUACACACCAACCCCAAAAAAGCAAUAUGGUCGGCGCCUUUUUCAUAGGAUGGGUUAACCCAAAGUAUUUUUAGGCCUAAUUGAUAAAAAGGGAUUUGAUCUAGGGGUUAUAGUCACUUAUUUCACCUGAAUAUGUAGGAUGAUGAAGCCCAGUGUUCGGCCAAGGUAACGGUCUGAUAAUAAGAGUAAACAUAGAAGAGAAUCAUGGCGCAAUUUUUCAAUCUAUCCUACGAUAUAUUCUUUGUGAAUUUUGGAUGCCUGGUGGUACUAUUUUUGUAACUAGGGAAAUGGUUUUGUGUGCAUGAAAAUGUAAAAUAUUAGAGCAAAAAGGGUUUUUCGACAUUCAAAGAUUGUAAGAUAGGUAAUUUCGGUAAGAUAGGUGUUUUCAUGUUUGAUUUCAGUUUGAAUAAAGAGCAAAUUUACAACCUGUAAUAACUUGAUUUUCUAUAUAAGUAAUCAAAUACCUUUCACAUGGUACCAAAAUAAUGUGGGGUCAUCAGGCAUAUCAAUUUAACAUAAAGGUUACUGGAACUAUAAGAUAUCUAGCUCAUAUUUUUGUAGGCCAGAUUUUUUGAGUUCCCCAUAACUAGAUCAAGUUCAGCACAUUAUUUUAUUUUUAUAUGCCGUUCAUAGACCGGGACUUACCGGUAUUGUGGUUUCACCUUUGGCGGACAGGCAGGUGGACGUUACUUCUUAGCUUGUCUUAUAGCCUAUGCAUCAUUGUCUUUGAUUUUUUUUGCUUUUACAUAAGCCAUAAAUACAAAAAAAUAACGUUUUAAGAUAUUCAAAUGAUUCCAAAUACACAUGUUGCAGAGCCUUCACACAAUCAUGGACAAAAUUUCUGGCAUAAAAGAUGUUAAGUUAUUCUGCUUUUUCGACUGAAAGGCAACAGAAAAGCAGUGACGUAUGCUCAGAAUAUUCAUGUUCUCUCUUCAUUAUGAUCAUACAUGUUUUUGCGUGUUUUCCAUUGUGUAAACAGUGUAAAUAAUAAUAUGUACAAUUAGACAGAAAUUGCUUAGUGCCAUUUAGAAUAACUAGAAUGUACAUACAUGAUAGUUUUAGAUUUUUUGAAUAUGUAAUUUUUGGACCAAAAUUGUUAUUUUACAUUAACUAUAAUGUGCUGAUUGUAUUUCUGAAACAUUGACAAGCUAAUUUUGUGUCCAUUCCCAGAAUGUCCCAGUGAGCUAACCUUUAUAAGAUUGUUUUGAAGUUAAGUUCGAUGCAAAGUGUGAUUUACAUAUAUUUUUUAAGGGUAUAGUUAUAUUAAUAUUGUCACAUGUAAGUAAAUCCACAUCUUUGUGUCCCCUGCAACAUGGCAGAAACAGGGAUUACUUUGUCAUGUGUUGGCGGCAACAGGCUGUUGUAUGACAACUUUUGAAUGACUUGCUGAUGUCUUCAAAGUUGGUAUGCACAUUGGUCAUGGCCAGUAUAUAACCCAUGUUGAUUUGGGUUAGUAGGUCAAAUAUCAAGGUAAUCUUCAAGCAGAUGAGAUGCGACACAUUUGUUUUAGAAAUGAUGUAAGAACAGUACAGUAAACAAUGCUGAAGUGUUCAUACAUUUUAUAACAGUUCUACUAAAUUGUUCAUAAUUUUAAUUAUCCAAAAUACCUGCCAGUAGUUGGCGGUCUUUAAUGUCUUGGGUAUUUGUUAAUACUUAAUUAAAGCUAAUACAUAAUAUUACAUUAAUGUGCUUAAAUGUAUACCCAUGCUUUGUUUUGUGCAUAAAAUUGCUUCAUGAAAGCUGUGCCUUUGAAAUGUUUGUGAUAUUUUUAUCUAUGUUAACUAUUUACUAAAUUCUUAAAUUUUAUGUUGGUGGGUAUGAAGAAAGGUUGAAUUAUCCUCUAUCACUUGAACUUAUAGUUUAAGCCUGUGAGUGUACAUGUGCAACUAGUAGGUAUGAAGCAUAAUAUGGAAUAAGGGCAAUUAUUGUUUGAUAACAAGUUCAAGUUUGUUCACAUAUAAAGGAGCUUUAGUUGAUUAUCUAUGUUAAACACAAGAAAUGAAAUUGUAAAUUUUAAGGUUCUGAUUUUUAGCUGGUAUGUUUUCCGAAGAAAAAGUAUAUUUUUUAACCUUGUUGUCAACGGCCUAGUGCAAAAGCUUGAACCCUUGCCUCAAUCCAAAACCCUUUAGAGCUGCACUCUCACAGAUUGACCAUUUUAACAACUUUUUUAUUUUUUGUCUUUGAAAGAGCAAUUUUUUACAUAAAUAUCUGCAAACCAAUGAUAUAAGAUUGCUGACAAAAAAUCAGAUCAUAGAUUUUCAUAUUUCCGUUAGAAAAUUAAUGUUUUAUGGCUUAAACCGUUUCUAACGGGUAAAGAAAAAUGCAUCAAACAUGAAUUUUUGAACUUGACUAUAAAAAUCUGUGAUCUUAUAUAACUGGUUUCCAUGGAUUUUCGCAAAAAUUGGCUCGUUCCAAGACAAAAAAAAUAUAAAAAAGGUGUCAAAAUCUUCAAUCUGUGAGAUUGCAGCUUUAAGAUAUUCGUAUGAAACUUUAUGUCAGAGACAAUAUACUCAUUUACAGCAAGGCCCAUAACUCUGGCUAUAAUAAUUGUCCCAUGUUUGACUGAAAAAACAACACGCAAGCGUUGGCUUUUGCUCUGCUGAGCUUUGGUUUAUAGUUUGCGGUCAGUCCUCGAUUGUAGAGAUUACACACUGUUAUCAGGGGAAAUGAGAAAACACAAUUAUCUCACAUAAAUAAUUCCAUUUUUACUUGCAUGCAGAAGUAAGGGUCAAGGACGAAACAUGGUAAGGGUCAGGGACAAAGCAUGGUAAGGGUCAAGGACGAAGCAGAGCUUGUUAUAUUUUUACAUCUUUGUCUUUAUAGUGUAAAAUUACUUGUAUCACCAUUGACGUCCUGUAUAUAUGUUUGAAAAUUUUUAAUCUUCAAAAUUUGUGUUUCAUAACAAUGCAUUCAUUAUUCACAAACUUAAAUUUUAUUGAAGACGGUUCCAUGAAUGAAAUUUUCCAGUUGAUUGUUGUUUCUAUGCAGAUUUAAUAAACUAUUUUUAUCAG